AUGUUUGGAGUUGACCCAUGCCAUCCAAAUAAUGGAAGCUGGGAAAGAGUUUCAGAAUUUUUAUCUGAUGAACUCGAAGAGAGGUCAUAUCAACCACAAAAUUUUGGUAUAAGGAAUUCAAAGCCUAUUACAUUUUUAUUAGUUGUGAUUGAAAUAUUAUUAGUUUGUAAUUUUAGUUUUUACUUUUUGCCUAAAGAUUUAUUCUAAUUUAGAGAAUAAAAAUAAGAUUUUUUUGAGGUUUUAGAGAAAUUUUAUUUUAAAAUUGGGAACUUGAGCUUUUUCUCGAGAGGUGGUCGAUUUUAGAUGGGAAAUGUUUUUGGGGUUUCUCUCUGUUUUUGGGUUCAUUUUCCCUAAAAAUUUAGAAA